UCCUCCGGAUAAGUGUUGUUUGGCCGUGCUUUCCCACAAUGCACUACGACGCGCGGACUUAGAAAACUGUGUGAAACACAAAUUGUGAUCUGUUCAUUGGUCAUUGAAAACAGUAUUUUAAAACAUAUAUUAUUUGACAGAAUUAGGCGUUUGUAACUGUAGUCUUUGUAUGCACACGUGGUGUAUUAAGAAUGUAAAAUAGUUAUAUAUCCACUGCUUGGAAAGGUGCCCAGGCAGUUUAAUUCAGGCCGAGCGCUUUUUGUUUUUUCAGAAUCCGAUUUUUAAAAUUAAAUUGUCAUCAUGAGCAAAUCUAAAGACGCUGGAGCUGCUUCCAUUAUUCUGAAUUACCUGAAUGUUAAGAAUAGACCAUACAGUGCCCAGGAUGUCUUUGGAAACCUUCAGAAGCAGCAUGGCUUGGGAAAGACGGCUGUGGUUAAAACCAUGGAACUGCUGGCACAGCAGGGGAAGAUCAGAGAGAAGGUCUACGGCAAGCAAAAAAUCUAUUUUGCUGAUCAGUCUCAGUUUACAGAUGUGAGUGACACAGAGUUGAAAAGUAUGGAUGGAAAGAUCUCUGAGCUCAAUUCCCAAAUCCAGGGUGUCCAGCAGGACUGCCGGCAACUGGAUGCAGAACUAAGGGGGCUGAACAGUUCUAUGACCACAAAGGAACUGAUUUCCGAGAUUGAAGAGCUGAAAAAGGAGUGUGUAGAAUCCAAACAGAGACUGGAGAGGAUUAAAAAUGCAACCAAUCAUGUGACUCCCGAGGAGAAGGAGAAGGUAUACAAAGAAAGAAGCCAGUUUGUAAGGGAAUGGAAGAAAAGAAAAAGAUUGACAAAUGAUAUAAUGGAUGCAGUUCUCGAGGGUUACCCGAAGAGCAAGAAGCAGUUUUUGGAGGAAGUUGGAAUAGAAACUGAUGAAGACUGCAAAGUGACUGUGCCUAAUGUGUGAAAAGAAAAUCCUCAUGAAAGUGUACUUCUGCUUUCUUUCCACUUCCAACAAAAAGGUUGUCAAACCAUACAGCUGUGUCUCAUGCGGGUUACAUCGAUUUGAUCCAUUCGUCAUCUUGUGAUUGCUUGGAACCCAAACUUUUUUGAGCAGAUCAGUGGAAACUAGCAUUAGAAUUGUACAAUGAAGAUCAUUUCCUAAACCCAGAAUUGAUGCUAUUUUGUUGCUUGAAUUCUUCACACGGGGAAAACUGACAAAAGUGCUUGAACGGUGGCUCUGUGUUUCAUGAGCUUAAGAGUAAAAAGCUUUGGUUAAAAAUUUAAAUUGAGGGGGUUGGUGUGAAAGGAAUAUCAUUGUUUUUCUCUUAGUUAAAAUAUAUAUAUACACACUGAAUGAAAAAAUAAAUAGGAUGUUUACUGAUGUAAAUUCAGUGUAAGCAUUAUUCUUUACAAUUGAAGUUGUUUGUUAAACAUAAUUAAUUGGUUCUAGAUAGAGGUAUUUCCAAGUAUGUACUGUUAAGUUUCUCCUAUCUAGUAUUUAUUAAAAUAAAUGUAUAUAUGCAUAUCA